AUGACUACAACUAAUGUAGUAAUAACUACAACUACAAUUACAAAUACAACUACAUUUCAUAGUAUAUUUAAAGUACAAUAUAUAAGACAUGUGAUAUUCAAUCAGAUAGGUAGUAUAAUGAAACAAUUGCAUAAAGGUAAUAUUCGUUAUGAUGAUGAUAGAAAACAACGAUCAUUACAAGGAAGAGAUAUCAUCAAGUUACCUCUUAUUGGAAUGAUAUCAAAGUAUGGGUUACCUUGGCACUUUGUUUGUCAUUAUCUACCUAAAGAUUGUAAAGAUAGAAUAACAAUUAAAAGAAGAAAAAGAGUGAUUAGUGAAUACAGUUGUCAUCCCAAUGCAACAUUGGAUUCACUCGUUCACUUGGUAGAAUGGUCUCAAGUUGACUUUGAAUGGGAGUAUUUGGAUUUAAAUGGAUCAAUAAUAACCAAUCAAGAGAUAUUAGAGUAUAUCAUCAAGAGAUAUCCUGUUGCUGCUGUUACUACUGCUGCUGCAAAAUCUUCAAAUAGUACCAAUAACUUUCUAACCGAAGCAAUGAACGUAUCAUGUAGAGAAGGGUAUCUAUCUACUGUCGAGUUGAUAGAUUCUAUGUUUAAAGAUGAUAUUAAAUUGGAAAAGUUACCAAUGGAUAUUGCUAGUCGUAAAGGUUUCAUUGACAUUGUAAAAUUUUUACAUUAUAAUAGAACGGAAGGGUGUAGUUCAGAUGCUCUUGAUUAUACAGCAAAUGGUCAUUUAGAAAUUGUUAAAUUUCUUCAUUUCAAUCGUAGUGAAGGUUGCACAACCUAUGCUAUGGAUUGGGCUGCUGAAAAUGGACAUAUUGAAAUUGUAAGAUUUCUUCAAGAACACCGUAGUGAAGGUGCAACAAAUCAUGCUAUGAGUAGGGCUGCUCGAAAUGGACACUUUGAUGUAGUAAAGUAUCUUCAUGAAAAUAGAACUGAAAGUGUAACCGAUUGGACGAUGGAUUGGGCAGCGAUGAAUGGUCACAUUGAAAUUGUCAAAUUUUUACACUUUAAUAGAACUGAAAGUUUCAGUUUCCAUCCUAUCGCUCUUCGAGCUUGUAGCAAUGGAGAUUUGGAAAUGGCAACUUUUAUCAUCGGUGUAGGAAAAGAUCAAUGUAAUCCAAAAGAAUUACUCACCAUUGCAUCUAGAAAGAGACAUUACGAUAUUGUCAGAUUGAUUCUCUCACAAUUUGGAGCUCAUGGACAGUUGGGAAAAGGAUUCAUUGAAACAAUCAAAGGAGAUACACAAUGCAUAAACACAGAGAUUAUCCAUCUACUCGAGAUUUAUUUAGAGAAUGGUACCAUUUGUCCAGCAGACUUUAGAAUAAUAUUUCUAAAAUAA